AUGGCUGGGCCUGGUGGUAGACCUCCUCGCAAGAGCCAUACCAAGUCUAGAAAGGGUUGCAAGACUUGCAAGAGAAGACACAUACGUUGUGAUGAGACCAUGCCGCAAUGUCGAAACUGCACCAAGCAUAACUGCAGAUGCGAUUACAUGGAUAAUGUUCUUGCUCAUGAUGCCGCCAAUAAUGCCAGAAGCCCAGAUCUUCUUAUGUCUCCGGAGAUCGAGCUAGAAAUUCAGAACUGGCAAAAGUCUGGAAAUCCGCCUUUCCCUGAGCUACAGCUUAGCACUCGAGCUUAUUGGUAUAAGUUCUCACGCACCGAUCUUCGACUCAUCCACCAUAUUGCAGGUUUGUCCAUCGACCUGCACCGAAGAGGCUACAGUAACUGCACUGUAUGGGCCCAGAAGAUGCCCAUCUUCCUUACUAUUGCCUUGUCCAAUGACUUUGUUAUGAGUUCGAUUCUGGCAUUAUCUGCUUCACAUAUUGCUUGGAUGACCCAGAAUCAAGACACUGAAAAUCUCGCCUAUCAUCAUCGAGGUGUUGCUAUUAAGGGCCUUCAAGAGGCAAUUAGUUCGUUCUCACGCGAAAACUCGGAUGCUAUUCUUGCAUCAUCCCUGCUCUUGUCAUGGCAAUCCACUGAAUGGUAA